AUGACUUCCGUGUACCCCUCGCCUCACUGCGAACACCCACUCGAUUAUGAACCUGGCGGUCUGCACCCUGUUCAUAUCGGCGACAUCUUUGCAAACGGUCGCUACGAGGUCAUGGACAAGCUCGGAUUCGGCUACUCCUCAACAAUCUGGCUUGUUCGCGACUUAACAACUGCCACCUACGCGUCACUAAAAAUUCUCGAGGCCCGUAGGACAGUGUCUCCGACAGAACUCGUAGUUUUGAAACAUCUCGAGGCCACAUUUAAUGCGGAGGAGGAGGGCAGCAAACAUGUAGUUCGAAUGCUCGACCACUUUGUGCAUGAAGGGCCGAAUGGAGCUCAUAUGUGCAUUGUUCAAGAGCUCCUUGUUCCUGCACUCGCCGUCGACAUCGUGAUGUACGAUGGUCACUCUUGUCUUCCAGUUGCUACGGCAAGUAGAAUUGUUGGACAACUUCUUCUCGCUGUCGACUAUCUUCAUAAACGUGGGAUUGCUCACGGCGACCUCCACUCUGGAAACAUACUUGUCUGCCUUCCGCCGACAUUCGACCUCGAAGUUGAUUUUCGCAAACCAAUAAAGCAGGCUCGCGGGUUGCCUACCGAGCUCUCUCCUCACAGACCUCAAUAUCUCGUUGUCCCCAUCGGACCACGCCUCCCCGCGAGUUUCUUGCGCUCCUGCUUGUCUAAACCUUCCAUCAAACUUUGUGAUUUCAGUGAAUCGUACAUGAUUGGCAUGACCGAGCCACCAUGCUUUGCAUCCCCCCAUUUUCUCCGUCCACCAGAAGGCAUUCUCGAUGAAAUCUUGCACGCGACUCCUGAAACAGACAUCUGGGCGCUGGCUGUCGCGAUCUACCAUAUCCUGACAAGUGGUUGUGGGUUAUUUUCCAUCAACGACGACCAUGACUACAUAUUGGCGUCCAUGGUGCUGGUGCUAGGGAAGUUCCCGGAACCGUUGUGGGUUAGUUGGACCGGCCGGGGAAAGUUCUUGGACGAGAAUGCCGACCCGGUCCCGAAUGCUAUCGGCCCAGUAACUUCCCUGAGCAACAAAGUUGAGUGCUGGUUGUGCGAUGAGAAACAAACCCCCGCAUUGACCGCGAUGUUGGAUUCUAUGUUACGAUACGAGGCCAAGGCCAGAAGCACAGCGAGUGACAUCGUGCACAGUCAGUGGAUGGAGAAUUUCUGCCGUCCGUAUAUGGGCGAAGAUGUAGUCUUGCCAAUUGAGCGCAGGAAGAUACAACCCAAUAUUGUCAACAUUACUCCUCAGACUACCGCGUAA